AUGGCUGACGCUCCAGAGCCAGAAAACUACAGAGGUCCAUCUAAUCCUGCCAUCCCUCCCCGCCUCCGAUAUCCAACCUUUCCUCCGCUCAGCCAAUCUGUAGAGGAGUGGUUGUCACAGUCUCGACCUGCAGAGAUGGCAGCCAGCAGUCCCCAGCUGGAACGUCCGUCGAGCUCUUUGAGCGAGAGCUGGGCCACGUUGAGCACCUCCGACAUGCACUCAGAGGACGGCACUCGAUCUGAGCAGACCGAUAUAGCCUCCCUGAUUGACCAGAACGGCCCUGACGAUGUAGCCAGCCUCGAUGACCGCGAGAGCAACAGCUAUGGCGAGGACAAUACGGAGGAUGAGGAGGAUGAACAAAGUAACGUCUCGGAUUCCCAGGAGCUGCCUCAGCCCCUUCUCGCGCGUGAUGAGGCCGCCGUAGGCGACAGCAACCUCACCAUGAAAGCGGCCUUGCACCAUUCCGCAGAGUCUAUCGAAUUCCUCGAACCGGACAAGUGGCCUGAGGUCGAGCGGGUGGAACUGAAACACACCAUCCAUAUCCUGGACGAGGACGAGGCGUCGGAUUUGAAGAGUCGCCUUCCUCUGAGGUUCGAUCAUAGCCACCUGGCGAUUACGGUGCAACAGACGAUGACGAAGCAGAGUCUGGACCUGGACAAGCCUUUCCAUGUCCUCUAUGUAGGGAAUCCGGAGUUCCGAAACAUCGUCCUGGACAAGAUCGGCGACGUCCUGGUCUCCAGUUCGACCGACAGCCUCGGGACCAGCUCUACCGAGUCCUCUCGCUACCAUGUCGUUCCGACCUCCUUCGGAGCUGGGGCCACUCCGAAUUAUGCGGAGCUGCUCCCAAUUCACGUCCAGCUGAUCGUGGAUGAGUGUGUCGAAGCCACCUCGGAGCCGCAAGCAUUCAGACCCAGUGCCGUCAGCCUCAAGUUUAAGAACCGGCCAUCAUGCACAUCCACUUGGACUGGGUCCCAAUAUCACAUUACGUCCCCCACGGAGUGGAAUCUGCCGGACAUAGCUAUCUUUUUCGUUUCGGAUAAGGAUUCGGAUCUGGCCGUGCGGACCCGGUCGCUGGCUCAUACCUUUAUGGAGAGACAUGGUAUCCCUGUCAUGGUCAUAUCUGAGGAGCCUCUCUGGAAGAAGGCCGCUACGGACUUGAUACCCCUGGACUAUCAGAGCCUACAUAUAUGCUUGGAAUCCCGCCGUCCUCUGACCGGGGAGACUGUGGUCUUGAGAAGAUAUCCCAUCGAUCUGAAGACCUUUGAAAGCAUCGCCCCCGCACAGCUCAACAGACACCUCGCCUCUCUGUCUGGGGCAUAUCAAAAGACCCCGUCCAGCGUGACCGCUCAGCGAGAGCCAUUAGCACCGCCCGAGACCAAACCAUUCUUUGACAGUGAAAAGUAUCCAAAAUCUGCCAUCUUCUCUGCUUACACAGAGCGUGCUCACGAAUUGACGCCCAUCCUCCGUCUUGUCACGCUUGCGAUCGUGUUUGCCGUUGCCAUUACUCUCGGCUACACCGCUGUCAAAGCUCUAGCCGCGCUCUUCGUCCAGAUUUUUGCACGCUCAACUCUAUCGGGUCUCACCUCUACGACCCCUACGGCGGUUGUUCCCUCCACGGAGUUGCUCAGACACACGUCGUUCCCCUUGAAGACUUCGCCUGUGAGCGAGAUCCGGCCGCUAAGCCAUAAAACCGAUGCGCGAUCCACUGCAGACGAAUUGAUGGACCUUUCUCACAUUCUUGCGGAACCGCCGGCCAAGGCAGACGUGUUCCAGAUCCAGGUCGUUGGGGACUGCCAUGUGAUCAUCAAGCCGCCGUCGACAAAGAAACAGCCGAAAUUCAAUGUCAGUGUUUCUCGCGGUGAGAAAGCACUUCCUUAUGAGCUUUCCAAACUGUUUGAUGGCGUCUACACGAUGAGGUUGAACCGGGAGGAUGCAUACGGCCUGUUGAACGUGACCAUCACUGUGAACACCAAACCGGCGGUGGAACAGACCCUCGAAGUCGACUUUGGCACGCCUUGGUUGAAGAUCGAGAAUUGGAAGAAGGCCGCUCAGGCGGUCUCGUCCCAGAUUCUGAAGGACUUCAACACUGCUCAGACUGGACUGUCCGAGAUAUACGGUCGUCUCUCGACGGACCUGCAGAUCUGGAUGGGGGACGUUGUCCGCAAGUCGCAUGCAUUGCGACGCGAAGCGGGGUCCUUCAGCCGCGAUUCCUUAAAGCGUACGCGUGGGACGAGAGAUGUUGUGCUCUCCAGAUCGACCGAACUGUCCGAGUUCAUCAAGCGCGUCGCACGACAGCAGUUCACGGCCGCUUCCGGCGUAUUACGGGAGCAUACCAGCGUCUUCCACCAGGGCGCACGACCGGUUCCAUCGGCUGAAGAAAUCCAAGUACUUAGCUCAGGCGCAGAAGACGGCGCAGCAGUUGACGAGGCCGAAACAGAGUCAGCAAGGUUGCAAGCCGGACCACCACCGGCACAAGGCUCGACGGCACAGAUGACGGGGAUGAUGGGUAUGGUUACGGGUAUAUCUUUCAGGAAUGAUCUUCGGGUUGCUUGCAAGGGCGGAAAUAGGGCGGAUUGCGUAGGGAUUAUUGGGAAACACGGAACUGACCAUGUUCUUGACGACGACAGAACGAUGUUGUUCUAUUAUGACCGGAGAGCAGGUUUCAUUCCCCUCUUUUGCAUUUUGAUGGGGGAUUUCAAGGGCAACGAACUAGUACUACUGAGGCGAAUGUACUUUCUUGUCGAAAUUCAAGUAGUAAUUUCGUAUAUUAGUAUCGCAGUAUUAACUAAGUUGAAGACUCUUCUUCGGUCAUGUGUCCUAGAUCUGGUAUCUCGUGGGGUGUGGCUGCGGAAUCACUUGCCAACAAGUAGCCUUUUCCCUGGCGAUGAGGGAAACAGAAAAUUUCCAGCAGUAUUCAGUGACAUCUACUGUAGGCCGUAA